CCUUUAGUCAAUCAAUAAAUAAUAACUCACCUUGACAACUGCUUUCACGUAUUCAUUCUCAAAUAUAAAAUUUCUUUCAUAAAUUUUUUUAUCUGAUUUGUUCCAUAACUUGUUCUUAAAAUUUUCUUGAUAUUCAAACUCAGAAUUAUGUCAAAUAUUAUAUCGAAAUUUUCGGAGUGCGACAAUCAGCGUCACCACCGUGGACAUUGUUGGGAGUCACCGACUUAAGGAGAUCCGAAGCCUUCGGGACACGGUGCUCUACCAAACGUAAGAACCUUGUCGAAGAGGAAGAAAUCGAGAGCCCAGGAGCCCCGUCUAGAGAAAAGGAGAUAAGCUAUCUCCAAGAGAGACUUGAAAAAAUCAUGUGGUGGUCCACCACCACCAUUCUAGGAGCCAAAAGCUUGAGGAGGAGAGGGGAGAUCUCGAAGUUAUUUUUCCGAAAGACAAAGAAGGCAAGAGGAAAAAGGACUUACCAAAUCAAGAGAGAGGUGAGAGGAAAGAGAGAAAGGGCAGUUGAAAAUACAAAUUAAGGUCGUAUUUGUUCAACACCUAAAGAAGAAAGCAUUAGUUGUCUGUCAUUCCCUCAUGUUAUCCAAGGAUGGUUCAAUGUUAUUCCACUUUAUAUUCAUGUCCUAACCUAUGUAUCUUGAGAGACAUUGAUUUUUAUUUUUUUAUUUUAAUAAAAACACAAUGAUUUAGCCAUUGUUUAAAACUUACUUUAUCAAUUCCCUUCAUCGACUAUCAGGAAGUCCAACAAAUUAGAAAAAUAAAAUAAAAAUCUAAAAGAUUAAAAGGAAAGCGCUACCUUACCUCUCCUUUUCCAGGGAACAUAAACCCUUCAAGCAGCAACAAGAUCCCGAUUUUCAAAGACUCAAUAAUGGAUGAAUCUGAGCAGGACCCAAGAAGACUGACUUCCACAUCGUCUUCUUCUUCAUCCACAACAAGCGUUCACGUCACGGCCUUGGACGGCCUGGUAAACGUCAACUCCCUCUUCACCAUCGCCGUCUUCGUGGGCCUUUCUUUAACCACGCCAGGCCAACAUAGCCUCGAGAAUCGAGCCCCCUGCGACGCCGGCAUCGACGUUGCGAAAAAGCUCUUGGUUUUCGAGGUAGUCUCCUUCAGCUUCUUCCUAUUCUCGUCCCUGGUAGCUCAGGGUUUGAAGCUUGCCAUCAACUUGUUGAACAGCAAAGAUGUGGACGAAGCUAUCAGGGCCCACAUUAACCUUAAAGUUCUGAGGUUAGGGAUGAUGGGGUCGGCGGUGGGGUCGGUUAUGGGGUGCUUGUUUUUGAUGCUUUCGAUGGUGAAUGUGAUCGAGAUCCGAUUGGGGAUGUUGUCUUGUGGGAGUAAGUCUGCGGUUCACUCAGUCACGGCUUUAGUUCUUCUGGUUUCUUCUGCGCUCUUUUUUUACAUUUCCACUGCUGUUUAUGCUUUCUUGCAUUGAUGGAAUGAAAGAAAAUAGGAUGCCCAUAAUUAUCAAGUUUAAUCUUAGUUUUGGAAACAACAUUGUGUUGCUAUCUUCUGGUUGAGUUGAGGAAAUAUGUUCAAGUAUUAAUUUGAAUUUUAGUUCUAGUUUACGGGGAAAUGUUUACCCUUGAUUUACAAUAUGGUGUUCUUAUGUUUGAUUUGGGUAUAAUAUGAAUUUCUAGGUGUCCUAUGGAUUUGAUGAUCGUUUGUCUCCGGGUAGAAGCAUUCGACAACAACCCUAAAUCUUUAGGGUUGAGUUCCAAAGUGAAAGGAUGAAAGAAGAAAUUGAAAAGUAGAAAUACCAUAAAUUUUAGAAUAAAUUAUAUUAAUUAUGUGGAAGGUUUUGUAUUGAUAAUUUAACUUAAAAAAUUAUAAUUUAUUUAUUAAAUUAUUUAAAAGUUUUAGUUGUUAAA